UGUUUUGAGAGCGCAGAGAGAAGACUCACCAGGAAAGAUGGCGACCGCAAGGUUCGCCGAACAUCUUCACAGCUCGACCGGCACCGCCGCCGACAUGUCCCGGUUAGCGCUCGGCUCCGGAGCCGGCGGGUACCGGUCCGGGUCCAACCCUCCGGAGAGCGGGGCGAAGAAGUGCGCGGCCUGCGCGGAGCGUCGACCCGGCGGCAGCCCGGCGGCCUGUUCCCUGUGCCCGGCCCGGAGAGUCCCGGGCAGCGAGGAGCGGCUCCGGAGAAGGAGUGACCCCGAGAGAGGCAGCAGCAGAGCGGGCAGGAGGGACUGCGACUGUCAGAGAGAACUCUUCGUCUGUCCGGCUCUCCUCCCAAAGUCUGCAGACGUUCUCUCAGACCUGACCGGGAAGCACAAGGUUCUGGUUUCUGAUGACAGAGAUGAGGCCAGGAGGAGGAACUCUCUGAUCUGUAGAGACGAUUCUGGGCCAGGCCGUCGUGUUGAAGAACCGGGGGUUCUGUCCGACUCGGAGAACGAGGAGCCGAUCAGCAGGAGGAUCAAAAACAUCUCAGCCUUCAUCAGGAAAACCAAAAACUACUCGGCCUUCAGCAGUGGAUCUCAGAGGAGUCAGAGCUGCACCGACCCGAUGGAGGAUCAAGGAGGAAAGAUGAAGGUCCUGAUCCAACCAGCAGCCGCCAUGGAGCGGGUGGGAAUCAGCCACAGCUCAGCAGCAGGAAUCCUCCUGUCGUCGGAGAACAGCCGCUCCGUGUCGGCUCCCAUCACGGCUCCGGACCGGAGACUCACCUGGAGGGCGGUUCUGACCUCCUGCACUCCUCUUGGCGUCCCCCCGUCCAGAACCGAGCGCUCCAUCAGCCCUGAGAGCAACGACAGCAUCUCAGAGGAGCUCAACCACUUCAAGCCCAUUGUCUGCUCGCCGUGCACGCCACCCAAACGCCUGCCGGACGGUCGUCUCAUGGAACCCACCAUUGUAAAGUCCACUCCACGGAACCUGACCCGCGGACUGCAGAAGGUCACCAGCUACGAGGCGAGUCCGGCCGUCCUGCAGAAGUGGAGGCAGAUCGAACUGGACCGGCAGAGCGUCAAAGUGAGCUCCAAGGCCACGCUGACGAGUCCAGUUUCUGAGCUCCACAGCAGGCCCACUGGAGGAAGUGGCGCCACAACGACCCGUCAACACCGAGCCGGAGACUGCGUGACGGUGUCGAACAAGAGGAAACUGCUGUUCGACUCUCCAGCCGGAGACUCCGAGGACUUCCAGAAUCAGUCCGUAAAGAUCCGAGUCCCUGCCAUUCACUACGGUAGCAACACAAUUCUGCGGGGAUGUUCUGAUGGAGAGCCAGCAAGAGGUACCACUGAGCCCUGCGGCGGGCCGGCGCUGUUCUGCCGGAAACACUCAGUCGCACCUUACGCCAACGACUCGAGUAAAGUAGUGCUCAAAGAUUGGCAGAGUCCCAGGAAGGAGUGUGAUGGCAGCAUCCACAACCAGUCUACCUCCAGGAGGGGCAAGAAGAGGGUCCAGAAGACCAAACACCUGGACCCUGGUCUGGACCCAGACUUGAAGAGGAGCCAGCCUGUAAUCCAGGAGGCAUUUUGUCAGAUCCAGCAGGACCGAGCGCUUGCCCUCAAACUGCAGAGACAGUUUGAUCUGGAGAAUCGGAGCCACAGGAUAAGCCCGAACAGGUACUUCCUGCGGUCCUGGAGGUCUACGCAGAACCGCAGGAGGCGUGGCCUCAGGAGGUCCCGACGAAUCGGCAAGAAGCGCUGAUGAGUCGACUCGGCACAAAAACUGAAGAAGCAGAAAAUAUGCAAAUAGACCCAAAGGUUCCUGAAAGUUUUUAUAUGAUGAACGUUCUUCCAGACAUCAGCAGAGCACCAAAACCACGGAUCAGAACAUCUGGUCGGACCUGACAGAGACCAGCUGAACCCUAAACGGGGCCCAAGGAGUUAGUUUAACCCUGAACUUGACUCGAAGACAUUUUGAACCUAAACCCAAUCCGAGAACAUGUAACUAAAACUUAAACCAGACCUGAAAGGACUUUAGACUUGAAGUGAACCUGAGAAGGAUUUUGAUCAAGCUGGA